AUGACGUGCUGGGAGGGCAGUGCCGCAUUGCAGAGAUUACUACCGCGCCUGGGCAACAUCGAGUGCCGAUCCAAAAUCGUUAUCAGCACCUACGCCAAGAUUCUCAGCCCCCCCUUCCUCAACGUCCAAUCUUUGCCUCUACAGGGUGCAUUGGAACUUUCCAUGUUUGACGCGCGGCAGAAGGGAGCGAGUGACAAGGCCGUCUACUGGGUGCUUCUUCUGGCCCAACACGUUCACGAAACUAUCCGCUGGGCAAAACCCACUGCAGCCGAUCCCAGACCAGGGAUGUCACAGAGCAUUUAUGGUACUAACAUGUCACCCAAAGACGCCUCACAAAAAUGGCGUUCCGCCUGGACCUGGAGGUGCGGAAUUGAUUAG